CACUCUGCCACCACGGACCACCGCACCUCAUCCCCUCUGCCUCGACUCUGACAUAAUCAUCAUCAUCAUCAUCAGCAGCAGCGGCAUCGGCCCGGCAACCACCAUGACUACCAAAACCCUCCUGCUCCUCGCUCUGGUCGUCUGCACAUCCACUGCACUGAGUAUCACUGGAGGGAAUACGCGGUGUCUGUGCCACAGUUUUCGGGACGAUAUGGCACUGCCCCGAAAAUCAAUCAAGCGCAUGGAAGUCCUCCCCCCGUCCAACUCCUGCGACCAGAUGGAGAUCAUUCUGAACCUGACCAAUGGGAUGAGGAUUUGCCUGAACCCCAGCUCAGAGAAGAUUAUAGAAAUCCUGAAGAAACUCCGAUCGAAGAAAAGUAUCUCUCGGGCCUAAUGAUGAUACUCGACACGGGUUCCUUCCUAAGCUACUCUCCUCCUACAGUCUAAACUGCAGCUUCCUGUUAUGCAUGUAUAUAUACAUAUGUACAUUGUAAAUUCAUUGUUGGUUAUUUUAUUUUAUUUUUAUUUUUUAAAUUAUUGUCUUUGUACUAAAUGCUUGCAAAAUAAAUUACCUUUUUGAAAAUAAAA